GGGGCCGGGGCCGCCCGGUCGGCGCCGCCGUGGCGGGUGCUGUUCUUCGGCACCGACCACUUCGCCGUCACCGCCCUGCGGGCGCUAGAGGCUGCCAGGGAGCUUGGUGAGGACCCGCUCGUGUCCAGGUUGGAGGUGGUGACCCUGCCCUCCCGCUUGCCUGGGGACCUGCCUGUAAGGAGCUGCGCCCGGGAGCUCCAGCUGCCUACGCAUGAGUGGCCGCACACGGGACCUCUGGGGCAGUUUGAUGUUGGUGUGGUGGCAUCGUUUGGGCGGCUCUUAAGCGAGGACCUUAUUCUGCAGUUCCCAUAUGGUGUGCUGAAUGUGCAUCCCAGCUACCUCCCACGAUGGCGUGGUCCUGCACCGAUAGUCCACACAGUGCUACACGGUGAUAAAGUAACUGGGGUGACAAUUAUGGAAAUCAAACCAAAAAGGUUUGAUGUAGGUCCAAUUAUUACGCAAGAAGAGUUUGCUGUUCCUCCCCACUGUACUGCAAAGGAGCUAGAAGUGAUACUGUCAAAGAUGGGUGCAAAUAUGCUCAUCAGAGUUUUGAAAAAUUUACCUGAAAGUUUAAAAAAUAAAAAAGAUCAACCAAAAGAAGGGGUAACGUUUGCUCCUAAAAUAACUAUAGCUAAGAGCUGUAUAAAAUGGGAAGAGCAAACAGCUGUGCAAAUAAUGCAACUGCAUCGUGCUAUAGGAAGUAUGUUUCCUUUGCAGACACUCUGGAAGGGUAGUACUGUUAAACUUCUGGAUUUUGUGGAGGUGCAUAAUAUCCCUCGUUUUACAGGUCAAGUAUUAAAUGACCCUGGAGCUGUCCCUGGUUCGCUGCUAUACCAUAAACUGUCCCAAACACUGAUAGCUCGUUGCAAGGAAGGCUGGGUUGGAAUCAAAACAGUCGUAUUAAAGAAGAAACUCUCAGCAGUUGACUUCUAUAAUGGAUAUAUGCACUCUUGGUUCCAGCAGAACUCAAAAACAGUUCAUCCCGAAUGCAGAUUUCAAACACUCAAACUUAACACAGCAAAAAAGACUCUGAAAGAGAGGAAAAUAUUGCCAGAGGAUACAAAACAAUGAACGUAUCCGAAAAUGUUGAAAAGAAUGUCUGUAAGUUAAUAGUGUAUGAAGUAUUUUAAUACUUGCCUUGUAACAGUAAAUUUGGUUUUCCUGUCCAGAAGGUUUGAUCUUACUAUCACCUGCAUGUUUUCAUUGUGGGUUUCUGACAAUUGUCAUUUUUUUCCAUGAAGGAAGAGAAUAUCUGUGAGUACUGAAGACUGAAUAAAUUCCUGUUUCUGCUGUUGGGUAAUAAAUUUAUUUUUAUACAAUGUUUUUACUUUAUUUGGAGAGAGUUUCAGUUUAACUUUCUUGAAACGUAAAUUGUACGCAGUUACUUUUAUCUAGAAAUUUUAAAGUCACUUGCUUCUCUAAUUUUUAGUAGUUUAACAAAAGCAGAGUCUUAAGGACAGAAGCCUCUUUGACUGCAAGACAUUUGUGUCAAAUGUCUUCAUCACUGAUAGAAUUUCUUGCAAAAGAGUAUCCAUUCCAUCUUUUAGUUAUAGCUUUUGUCAUAUGCAUCAGUGGAAUAUUUUUUAGUAAAUUUAACUGAUGGGAUUUGUCUAGAGUUUCUCCUGUACCUCCGAGUUUAAUGCUAACUGAAACUCUUAGACUGUCUAGUUUGAUAUUCUUGUGGACCCUUCAACUUUACUCUUAUUCCCCUGUGAGACAAAUAACUUAUGCUUUAGCUAGGGGCAUCUGCAGAAACAACAGAUGGAGUAUCUCUUCCUAUACAUGAUAGUUUUCUUAGAAUUAACUGCUCCUAACACAUACAGUUGUCCCUUGCUUAGGAUUGGAAUUUGACCUCAGGUUGUUGAUAGAGUGCCCCACCUGAAGCUACAUGCCUUGGUCAUAUAUCUUGGUCAUUUUUGUUUUUUCUUUUUUUAUGCAAGGCUUCCUGAGCAGUCUGUCAUUCCAUAUGAUCAGCCUUUCCUUUUUAGCUUUCUGUUCAGUUUUGUAUUUUCUUUUACCAAAGGUAGUUUUACUCUAUGACAAGCAGCUUUCCGAUGCUUGAUGGAAAUAAUGAAUAAUUUCAAACUUUGUGUUGAAUAGUUCUAUGUUGCAUUAUUAGAUAUUUCAAUUAAUUGGAUUAAGAACUGCCUAACAAACUUUAAUGAUAUUCCAUAUUGCUGAUUCUUUAGUUAUAAUAUCUUGUAGUGCUACAAGUUGAAUCUCUGUUAGAACUUUACUGUACCUGCAUUUUUAUCACUUCUACUGUAAUCUCCCUGAACAACUUUUGCAAUGCACUCUAAGAAGAAGAAGAAAAAUCUCAUCUGAAAUGGCACUGUUGUUCUUGAUUCAUGCAGAAUAAAGAGUUUUCAUCUUUUUAGCUUGA